UCGGCAUAUUGGCCUAUAACAUAUAUAAAUUGGAGAAGAAGAGCAUAUAAUACGCAUAUAAUACGCAUACAAUAAGGAAAUAUGACGGGUUUACCAAUAAGAUUCCAGGAACAUAUUCAGCUUACAACACUUGGUAUUCAAAAGGCCUCUAUUAGCUUUACUACAUUGACAUUGCAGAGUGAGAAGGGCAUAUGUAUUUGUGAAUCAAUAGAUGGACGCCGUGAGGUUGUAAUUAUUGAUUUAUCAAAUCCAUCGGCUCUUAUGAGGCGUCCAAUUAGUGCAGAAGCAGCAAUUCUUCAUCCUACACAAAAUAUUAUUGCACUUCGUGCGGAAAAACAGCUGCAGAUUUUUCAUCUUGAACUUAAAACUAAAUUAAAAGCAUAUGUUAUGGAAGAGGAAGUUCAAUUUUGGACAUGGGCGAAUGAACAAAUGAUUGGACUUGUAACAAAGUCUAGUGUAUACCAUUGGCCGCUUCAGCCAGAUACACAACCGAUUAAGGUAUUUGAACGACAUACAUCUAUGGCAGAUACACAAAUAAUCAAUUAUCAUAUAAAUAAGAAUGAGAAAUGGUCAGUAUUAAUAGGAAUUUCGUCUAGGGAAGGGAGGAUAGUAGGAAGUAUGCAGUUAUUUUCAAAAGAAAGGAAUAUUAGUCAAUUUAUUGAGGGACAUGCAGCAGCUUUUGCGACAUUAAAAACUGAAGAAGGAUUGCCAGAGUAUAAAUUAUUUGUAUUUGCAGUAAGGACAUCAGUAGCAUCAAAACUUCAUAUUGCAGAGAUCGAUCAUCAACCAGGAAAUCCAGCGUUUCAAAAGAAAAAUAUAGAUAUAUUUUUCCCGCCAGAAGCGGUUAAUGACUUUCCAGUAGCUAUACAAAUAUCUCGGAAAUAUUCUGUUAUUUAUCUUGUGACAAAAUAUGGAUUUAUUCAUAUUUAUGAUCUUGAAAUGGGAACAUGUAUAUAUAUGAAUAGGAUAUCAAGUGAAACGAUUUUUGUUACAACGGAAUAUGAAAAUGGAAAUAGUCUUUUGGGAAUCAAUCGAAAGGGGCAGGUUUUAAGUGUAUCAAUUGAUGAAUCAAAUAUUAUUCCGUACAUUUUAAAUAAUCUUAAUGAUAUUUCAUUGGCAAUUAAGAUGGCAACUCGAGGAAAUUUACCUGGGGCAGAAGAUCUUUAUAAACAACAGUUUGAUAACUUAUUUUCAGCAGGAAAUUAUCAAGAUGCAGCAAAACUUGCUGCUAAUUCUCCAUUGGGAUUUUUGAGAACGCCGCAAACAAUUGAACAAUUUAAGCGGAUUUCUGUUGAACCAGGUCAACUUUCACCAAUUAUGCAAUAUUUUGGAAUUCUUUUAGAUAAAGGAAGUCUUAAUAAUUAUGAGACUAUAGAACUUAUUAAACCUGUUCUUGCACAAAAUCGAGAAAAUCUACUUGAAAAGUGGCUUCAGGAAAAUAAAUUAGAAUGCUCUGAAGAGUUGGGUGAUAUUGUACGACCACAUAAUAUAAAAACUGCUUUAAGUAUUUAUGUUAAAGGAAAUGUUCCUUCAAAAGUUGUACAAUGUCUUAUAGAUAUCGGGCAGUUUGAAAAAAUUGUUCCAUAUAUUAAUAAAGUUGGGUAUUCUGCGAAUUAUGGCGCCAUAUUUCAGCAAAUAAUCCAGAUAAAUAUUGAAAAAGGAAUCGAAUUUGCUACUCAAAUAGCAAAUUCUAAAAAUAUUACAUCAGCAGAUAUUGAGAAAAUAACUGAUAUCUUUUUAUCUAGAAAUAUGAUUCAACAAGCUACCGCAUUUUUAUUAGACGCUUUAAAAGAUAACGAGCCAGAACAUGGACAUUUACAAACUCGCCUUUUAGAAACCAACCUUAUAAAUGCUCCUCAGGUUGCUGAUGCCAUUCUUGGUAAUGAAAUGUUUUCAUAUUAUGAUAAAUCAAUUAUUGCAACACUGUGUGAAAAAGCAGGACUUUAUCAACGAGCAUUAGAACAUUAUGAUCAGAUUAAUGAUAUCAAAAGAGUUAUACGUAAUAUUCAUGAUAUAAAUCCAGAAUGGCUUAUAAAUUAUUUUAAAAAGAUUGAUACUGAAGUAUCAUUUGAAUACCUUGGAGAAUUACUUAAUAUUAAUAAUAAACAAAGUUUUCAAAUUGUUUUACAAAUUUGUAUCAAAUAUUCAGACAAACUUGGACCAUCUCGUAUAAUUAAUCUUUUUGAGCAACAUAAAAUAGAAGAAGGAUUAUAUUAUUAUCUUGGAAGUAUAAUAAAUACAACUGAAUCACCGGAUGUUGUUUUUAAAUAUAUACAAAUAGCUUGUCAGAUUGGUCAAUUAAAAGAAGUUGAAAGAAUUUGUCGAGAAAAUAAUCAUUUAAAUGGGGAAAAAGUAAAAAAUUUUCUUAAAGAAGCAAAACUUCCUGAUCAACUUCCUCUUAUUAUUAUUUGUGAUCGUUUUAAUUUUAUAUAUGAUCUUAUUCUAUAUUUAUAUCAAAAUCGCUACUUUAAAUCUAUUGAGACUUAUGUUCAAAAGAUAAAUCCAUCGCGUGCUCCUGCUAUUAUCGGUGGAUUACUUGAUGUCGAUUGUGAAGAGCAAUUUAUUACAAAUCUUUUAUCUACUGUUUCGAAUCAAAUAUCUAUAGAUGAACUUAUAGAAGAAGUGGAAAAGCGAAAUAGAUUAAAGAUGUUGCAUCCAUUUUUGGAGUCUGCUUUUGAAAUGGGCAAUCAAAAUCCUUCUAUAUUUAAUGCUCUUGCAAAAAUUUAUAUUGACACUAAUAAUUAUCCUAAUAAAUUUCUCCAAGAAAACAAUUUAUACGAUACUCUUGUUAUUGGUAAAUACUGUGAAAAAAGAGAUCCGUAUUUGGCUUUUCUUGCUUAUAAAAAAGGACAAAAUGAUUACGAAUUAAUUCGUACAACAUCUGAAAAUUCAAUGUUUAAAGAGCAAGCAAGAUAUUUACUUCGAAGAAAGAAUGAAACAUUAUGGAAUUAUGUUUUAAAUAAUAAUAAUUCAUAUAGACAAUCUCUUAUAGACCAGGUUAUUUCUAUCGCUGUUCCAGAAUCAAAUAGCCCUGAAGAAGUUUCAAUUGUUGUUAAGUCAUUCAUGAAUGCCGGAUUAUCAUCAGAAUUAGUAGACCUUCUCGAGAAAAUUAUCUUGGAACCUACUAUAUUUAGUGAUAAUCAAAAUCUUCAAAAUUUACUUAUUCUUACAGCUAUUAAAGCGGACAAAACUCGUGUUAACGAUUAUAUAAAUAAGCUUAAAAACUAUGAUGUUAAUGAUGUUGCUGCAAUUAUAUUAGAAAAUCAUUUAUAUGAAGAAGCGUUUGAAAUUUAUAAAAAACACAAAAAUCAUAUUGAAGCAGUGAAUGUUCUUAUUGAGCAUAUUGUGAGCAUUGAUAGAGCAGCUGAAUAUGCCGAAAGUGUAGAUAUAAAGGAAAUAUGGAGCAAGCUUGCAAAAGCUCAGUUAGAUGGAUAUCGAAUAAAAGAUUCUAUCAAUUCAUAUAUAAAAGCAUCUGAUCCAGAUAAUUUCCAUGAAGUUAUAGAAGUUGCUUCAAAGGCGGAAAAAUAUAAUGAUUUAAUUCGAUAUUUAGAAAUGGCACGCCAAAAUAUUAGAGAAUCUGUUAUUGAUACUGAAUUGCUUUUUUCUUAUGCACAUGUCAAACGUAUUAAUGCAGUGGAAUACAUGUUACAAGGAGCCAAUUCUGCUGAUAUCUUAAGUGUUGGAAAUAGAUGUUAUAAUGAAGGCAAUUAUCAAGCAGCAAAGCUUAUGUUUUCGAGUAUUUCAAAUUGGGCAAGAUUGGCUUCAACGUUAGUAUAUUUAGGGGAAUAUCAAAAUGCUAUAGAUUGUGCUAGGAAAGCAAAUAGUAUUAAAGUUUGGAAGCAUGUUAAUGAUGCAUGUAUUGAGCAGAAAGAAUUUAGACUUGCACAAAUAUGUGGUUUAAAUUUAAUCAUUCAUGCAGAUGAAAUGCACGAUGUUAUUGCAAAAUAUGAGCGUAAAGGAUAUUUUGAUGAGAUUAUUUCACUUCUGGAAGUAGGAUUGAGCUUAGAAAGAGCUACAAGAAAUUUGUUUACAGAAUUGGCAAUUCUUUAUGUUAAAUAUCGCCCAGAUGCUGUAUUAGAACAUCUGAAAUUAUUUUGGAGUCGUCUACAUAUUCCAAAAGUUGUUAAAAUAUGUGAAGAAGUUCAUCUUUGGUCUGAAGCAGCCUUUCUUUAUAUGCAUUAUGACGAAUAUGAUAAUUCGGCCCUCAUAAUGAUAGAACAUUCACAUUCAUGGAAUCAUGAUAUAUUCAAGGAUGUUUUAAUAAAAGUUUCAAAUACUGAAAUAAUUUACAAGGCUUUAGAAUUUUAUUACGAACAACAACCUUUACUCCUUGCUGACUUACUUUCAGUAGUUAUUUCGCGUGUUGAUCAUUCCAGAGUUGUUAAAAUGUUUGAAAAACUAAAUUCUAUUCCAAUAAUAGCAAAUUAUCUUAGGAAUGUACAGCCUAAAAAUAUAGAAGCAGUAAAUAAUGCGAUUAACAAUAUGUUUAUCGAAGAGGAGGAUUAUAAGUCAUUAAAAGAUUCUAUAGAUAAUUUUGAUAAAUUCGAUCCCAUAAAAUUAGCAAAACAACUUGAAAAGCACGAGCUCUUGGAAUUUAGAAGGAUUUCUGCAUAUUUAUUUAGGAAAAAUAAGAAAUGGAAACAUUCAAUAGAUUUAUCAAUUGCAGAUAAAUUUUAUUCUGAUGCAAUUGAAACUGCAAGUCAAAGUAAAGAAACAGAUAUUAUAAAGGAUUUAUUAAAAUACUUCCAAGAUAUCGGUGCAAAUGAUUGUUUUAUUGCCAUGCUUUAUGCUGGUUAUGACUUAUUACCUGCUCAUUAUGUUUUAGAACUUACUUGGAGAAGUGGUCUUAUAAAUAUUACAAUGCCUUUUUUUAUUAAUUUUAUAUACGAGCAAGAUCAAAAGAUAAAAAAUUUACAAAAAGUCAUUGAGAAAUUCGAACUUAAUAAUUCUAAUUUCAAAAACGACUUAACUCUUACUACUGGUCUUUCUAAUCGUCUUAUUCUUGACGCUCCAGACCAUAAUCUACAGCAAUCUUCCGAUUUGGGCAGUUUUUAAUUAAUUUUAUACAUUAUUUCAUGUUAUAAAAAUUAUUUAAAAACAU